GAGCGUGAGUGGGAAGAUGCGGCGCGGGGGAUGCGGUGCCCGCUGCGUGCGGGGCCGCGGGCGCGGAGCCGGGCGCGCCGGUGCCCGCAGCUGCGGGAGCCGCCCGGCACCGAGCGGACGGUACCUGCCGGGACCCGACCGGGGAAGCAGAGCCACGGGACAGGCGGUGAUGAGUCAAUAUCCACAUGGAAAUGCUCUGCAUUGACGUCACAAUGACACGGUGAAGCCGAAGACAGGAGCUGGGAACAGUUCUUCUGCUUCACUUUUGAUAAUAGAGUGAAUUUGUCACCACUCCGUCCCUUCCAGCAUGGCUAAGAGCGCAGAAGUGAAGCUGGCAAUCUUUGGUCGAGCUGGCGUGGGCAAGUCAGCACUCGUUGUACGCUUCCUGACAAAACGGUUCAUCUGGGAGUAUGACCCGACACUAGAGUCUACAUAUCGUCACCAAGCUACCAUUGAUGAUGAAGUGGUUUCCAUGGAGAUACUAGAUACAGCUGGUCAGGAGGACGCUAUUCAGAAAGAAGGACAUGUGCGAUGGGGUGAAGGCUUCGUGCUGGUUUACGACAUCACGGACAGAGGCAGCUUUGAGGAAGUGCUGCCACUUAAGAACUUGUUGGAUGAAGUUAAAAAACCCAAAAAUGUCACCCUGAUCCUGGUGGGGAACAAAGCAGACUUGGAUCACUCCAGGCAGGUCAGCACAGAGGAAGGUGAAAAGCUGGCCACAGAACUAGCAUGUGCUUUUUAUGAGUGCUCUGCUUGCACAGGAGAGGGCAACAUUAUGGAGGCCUUCUAUGAGCUCUGUCGUGAGGUACGACGUCGAAAGAUGGUCCAGGGCAAGACUCGGAGACGAAGCUCCACCACUCACGUCAAGCAGGCGAUUAAUAAGAUGCUUACCAAAAUCAGCAGCUAAAAAGAGCUGUACUAAGCCAGAGAAGCAUUUUAGAGCAUAUUAGCUUGAAGUAGGGACGAGGCAGGCAGAGCACAUUUAAUUAAAAAUGGUCAAAGCUUUGCAAUUAAAAAAAAUAGAACAGACAAACCACACCACUUUUUUGAGUAACACAGGGUCAGACUUUUUUCCUGUUUCAAAAUGUAUUUAGCCACACUGCUUCUGGCUAACAUGGGGUGGGGAGGGAAAAAAAAAGAAAAAAAAAGUGAACUCACAAGGACUAGAUGACUGUGGGGAUUGUCACUGACAGAGCAUCUCCUGCUUCUACAAGGCUGGCUCCAAUCCCCUGCAAGUCAGUAGUGCCUAAACAUCAUUUCCAGCCAGCCAACUGCUCAGUAGCCAUUGGAGAGUAAGAUUCAGCGCUCGAUCCAUCAACAACCAUCACAACCGAUGUUCUCCAGGACUGAAUACAUGUAGAGGCUGCUGUGUUGUACCAGAAAGUUCAUCUGACACCUUUCACCAGCUCUAAAUUGGCGCAUUGUGUGCUUUUACUCCAAACUGUCCUUCCUUGUUGUUAUUUUUGUCAAAUGUGUGAGUGCUGAUGUUCUUAGCAAGAUAUGCAAAAAAUAUGGGAAAGGUCUAUUUCAUGGAGUGUUUAGCCAGCAAGACACACAUUUCAACAGAGCUGAAGUUUGGCUGCUUUUCCAGAUCCUCUGAAAUUGCAGAGUUCAUCAAGAAAUAAUCAGCUAGUCCAGUGGCAUUUCAUCAUCUUCCCUUCAAAGUGCAGUACUGUACUUGGGGAAAUGGGAGUGUAUGUGUUGGGAUAUCAAACUAAAAAAAUAACCAUAUUACUAUUGAUUUAGUUAUGGGUAGUUUUUAGCUUUUGUUUACAUUUUUGUUUCGGUCUUAUUGCAAUUCAAGUAGUUCCUCUUAUUCUAUCUUAUACUGAAGAAGAACUGAAUCCAUGGGAAGGCAAGUAUUUAAAGUCUAAGCCCAAAUGCAAAUCACAUAUGAAUGGCCUCUCCCAUAUCAAAAGGCCAAACUUUCCAGCUGUUUAAACUUCCAGAUGUUGCUUGAAGCACUCUGUGGUUUAAACCGGCACAGGUUUUUUGUGACUCUGUCUGGCACAUUCAAUUGAGAAGUGCAUUUUAUCAGAUUUUGGUGCAUGGGAUGAAAGGUGUCCAUUUUUUUCUCUCCCGUCUCCUCCCUCAUGCAUGUCAUUUAAGCCAGCUGGCAAGUUUUGCCUUGUUACUUGGCUUGUUAACUGUAUGCUGAGAGGUGCAAGAACCAAGAGUGAAAGACUUUAAUUCGGAUUGCGCUCAUCUCCCACCAGUUGUGUUGCAUCCCUUUAGGCAGCGUGGUGUGCAGCGCAGACUGGCAUCAUGUAGAACCACAGCCAAAAGCUGGGAUGACAAAUGGGAAUAUUAGCAGUAUUCUCCUGUAGCAAUUACUUGCAACUUUAUUCUCUGUUGCUUUGUACUUCUUAUUUGCCUCUUUGAGGAAGUAACACUAAAGGCUAUCAAAUGCAAAUUGCUACAGAUGUAGGGGAGUGAAGAUAUCUGCUUGGAUAGCACUUUACACAGUUAUAGGUUGCGACAUAAGAGGUGGAACUGGCUGGAGAAUCAAGCCUGUAUAUCCCUGUGGACAGGGAAAAGUCCCAAGUCAGGACUUUUCAAAAGGAUUUGCUUAAAGAUACUUUAUAAAGUAAAUUUUUUUAAAACAUUCUCUCACCCGUAUCUUUUACCCAACCAGCAUCAAGGAACAUCACAUUCAGAUGUAUAUUUUAUUUGUACUGUAGUUUAUUUUCUCUCUUUCCUCCAUUCUAGAGAGUGGAACUUCAUUCCACUCUUGUGGAAUAAAUACCUAUAUUUUGGUCCUCGUAAUCAUGUAUGUUGCCGUACAGCAGCUACACACGCUGCAAUGGAAACUUCACCAUGUGCUUCUGGGCAGGAGGUUCUUGCAACAGGUGAUGUCACUAGCUCCAUCACAUGUUCCCAAACUAUUGGUCAUAGCUCUAACUUUUAUUUAAAAAAAAAAAGAAAGAAAGAAAAACAGAAAGUUUUGCCAUUUUUAGUCCUAUUAGUAAUGCAGAAUCAAUACGAGUGUAAAAGAAAGAGGUAGUGCCUGUUCACGCACCAGUAGUCAUUAGCUAAGGUCUGAACUUGCAAAAGUGGAUGUUACAGCAGUAGGAGCCAGAGUGCGCAUUUCGCGAAGUCGUUCUGUUAUCUUCCAAAUCAGUGUUGUUGCACGAAUCUGAAGUAAACAAAAUCCCUACCUGCAAUCCCAUGGCAACAUAGCUGAUGAGGAAUGUGAUUAUGUCAGUAUUCUAAGCAAUUGAUUCAUCCCUCUCUAAACAACUUCAGCAGUUCUUUUCUCUGAAAACCUUUCUUGGGUUUCAGAGUAAAGCUGCUUUUAAAAUACAAAAAGGUAUUACAUGAAUUACAAGAGAAAAUAAAUGAAUCAUAUUCAUAUUAGGAGAGCUGAAAGGAAGGAGAGGCUAAGUUAUGGCCCUGAUACUUUCCUAAAGAAUCCCAGCAAAUUAGCUCUUCUUUUAUAAUGUCUGUAUGGAGAAGUUAUAAAAUCCUGGUGAAAGAAAAUGUUCCGCUGUGCAAACAUGACUUGUUACAUAAAGAACCUCUAAUAAAAAUAGUAACAUUCCUUUGCAAAGACUGAAUUUGGAAACUGCCGAACUUGAUAAACACUCGGUCAAAAAGGAGGCUGCUAUUUUGUGACCUUUCCUCCCACACAAACACAAAUUUCUUUACUUAAUUGCUCUUUUUUUUUUUUUCCUUGGUGUAAUGGGCUGCUUGUCAAGCCAGUUAUAAUAUGGUAUAUUAUAAUCUGUUGAUACAUAUUACAUAGUAUUAAAUGCAAUCUGAUUUAGUGUUGCUCACAAUGUUGCAACAUAUUAUUGGCUGUGCUAUAAAUGUGUCGUAUUUCUACAAUGUACAAAUCGAGCCAAAAAAGUGCCCAAGCAUUGAGAAGGCCAAAUGCGACAUGAACCCACAUUCAGUAGCCUUUCUGCAGCAGACAUCAACAGUUUAAAUUCUGUUUCUACUGCUGCUAUUUAAAUGUACAUCUAUGGCACUAACAUUCAAUUCCUCUCUUCCGCCCCUUGUCAUUUUUGCAGCGAGAGGAUGGGAAGGACAUAAAGAAAAAGGGGGAGGAAAGGUGAAACAGAUACUUGUUACCUACAACAAGUUGAUUGUCAUUUAUGAAGUUUUUAAAUAUUUAUCUUCAAUUGAUGAAGAGUUAGUCAUGCCCAUGCUGCAAGACCUGGAUCAGGAACCAAGACUUCCCUAGAACUUUGAGAAUCUUCAUAUCUGGGGGUUCGGUGCAACCGUGGAUGGAAGUGAGGAUCAGCCACAGGGUUUGCACCUGGAUCCAGACAAGUUGUCCCCAAACCUGGGGAUAGUUGCAUCUGGCAGUUUGCUACGAGGCUAGUUGAUUUUUAUAUAUAUAAUGAUCUGUAUGCAUUUUUACAUUAAAAAUAUGAAAGCUUGUGCUUGUAGAUAAUAUAUAAGAAAAAAUAAAAAUAAAAUAAUAGUGCUCUCUUUACUGAA